UCAGACUCACCUUUUUUUUCCAAGCGUACGUACGCUCUUCCAUCAUUAAGGCGACAAGAGGACACUCCGUGAUGGCCGAGUUAGCCCCCGGGUUCCGCUUCUACCCAACGGAGGAGGAGCUCAUCUGCUUCUACCUCCGGAACAAGCUCAGCGGCACCCGCUGCGGCGACAUCGAGCGCGUCAUCCCCGUCGCCGACGUCUGCGCCCUUGACCCAUGGGAGCUCUCAGCGGCGGCGCACCGUGCCGCGUACUCCGGCAACGAGGAGCCGUGGUUCUACUUCUGCCCGCGGCAGGAGCGCGAGGCGCGGGGCGGGCGCCCGAGCCGGACCACGCCGUCGGGCUACUGGAAGGCGGCGGGUACCCCUGGGUUGGUAUACGCCGCCGACGGCCGCCCCAUCGGGACCAAGAAGACCAUGGUGUUCUACCGCGGCCGCGCGCCGGCGGGGGCCAAGACCAAGUGGAAGCUAAACGAGUACAAGGCUUUCGAGUACGAGUACGACGACGACGACGCCACCGCCGUCGCUGCUCAUCCGGCGCCGCCGAGCCAUGCUCUCCAGACGAGGAGCGAGUACAGCCUGUGCCGGCUCUACACCAAGUCCGGGUGCCCGCGGCAGUUCGACCGCCGGCCUAGCACUGCCACUGCAGCGGCGGCGGGCGGCAGCGGCGGCGAGAACCUGGCGCCGUCCGUUGCGUUGCCGCAAACGGGACCGAAGAGGAAAAGGGCUGCGCCGAGCGACGACACAUAUUCGAGUUACGACGACGGCGACGACGUCCCCACGCAGCAGCGGCUGCGGCUGGCACAGAGAGGGACCGGUGACGGUGAGGUGCUCAUCGAGGACGACAUGGCCGACUGGUCAGAGUUCUUGGACGACUGGAUUUGAUACUGUGGGUCGGUCGUCGUACAUGCUACGAGUAAACACAUGCUCGAGCUCUUAUUUUGCGAAAUUUCUGUUAAAGAACACAAGAUAUUUUAGAAUUCUUUAAUUACCCGAUCGACUGCCAAAAUAUAGACCAGUCGGUACGGUGGAUAUUAAUUUUAGGAGAUACUACCUUAAAUUGUGGAUCACCUGUUGUAUUCUAAACUUACAUACAACAUACAAGCUAGAACAUUUUUUGAACUCAAAAUGUGGACGAGACUUCAGAUAAGCUAGUCAACUCUUGGGUUGUUUUGCUGAACUUUUCCUUUUGAUGCAGCGAGAGGGCCAACACGUACGCCACUUGUGUUUUGCCCAUGCAUGCCACACGAAGAAUCUUUUCAUUAUUCCAUGUGUCCUCCUUUUGUCUUCGGGUCUUGAGGGCCCGUUGCAGCGAUUAUUAUGUUGAGGCGGACCAAACGUGCACAAUUAACAUAUGCUAACAGUAACAGGACCUCAAUUCUCAUAUUGACUACUGGUUGAACUUUUGGUGCAGAAGGAAUGUACACCAUAUAUAUUUAU